AAUAUUUUUGCCAAUUGAAGGGACUCUGCGGGUCAGGAGAGGUUCCGCACACUAACCACUGCCUACUAUAGGGGAGCGAUGAAUGCAUCGGCGGAUGUAAUUAAGGUAUUGGUGGCCAACAAGAGUGACGCCCAACAGCUCCGAGUUGUGGACUGCGAGUCGGGCCAGAAGUUGGCCGAACAGUAUUCGGUGCCCUUCUAUGAG